AGUCUCACGUUAUCUUCUUCACUCACAGUCCAGUCCCUCUGCUGCAAUAAUAAUAAAACAAAAGCCGCCAUUGCUCUGUGAGAACGAGUUCGGCCCAACUCCCCAGAGCAGAGCUCGCAUUUUCGCCGGUUCAUUGUGAAGAAAGAGAUGCUUCGCCCAUCCCACACUGCUUUGGAUUUCCGGUGCUAUAGACCGUCUUUUACUUCUGCAAAAGCAACCUCUUUUACCAUUUUCAUGGACCGCUCCUCUACCAUUUCACAAAAACAAACCCUCUCUACUUCUUCUUCUUCUUCUUCUUCUUCUUUUUCCUUGUCAAAACAGCCUGCGCAGAAUCGUAAUCCCGUCUUGGCUUGCCGGGCCUUGUCUGAUUCUUCACCCAGGGAAGAUGAGUCGCCUGUCCAUGGUUUGUCUGAGACCAUUGUUGGUGUUCUAGGUGGAGGCCAACUGGGUCGAAUGCUAUGCCAAGCAGCUUCGCAAAUGGCCAUUAAAGUUGUGGUUUUGGAUCCUCAACAGAAUUGCCCUGCAAGUGCUCUCUCUUACCAACAUAUGGUUGGAAGUUUUGAUGACAGUGCUGCAGUCGAAGAGUUUGCUAAGAGGUGUGGAGUAUUAACUGUUGAGAUUGAACAUGUAAAUGUUGCAACUUUGGAGAAACUUGAGCAACAAGGAGUUGAUUGCCAACCCAAAGCCUCUACUAUUCGAAUAAUCCAGGAUAAAUAUCUUCAGAAGGUUCAUUUUUCUAAGCAUGAUAUUCCGCUUCCGGAGUUUAUGCAGAUAGAUGAUCUUGAAGGUGCCAAGAAAGCAGGGCAACUGUUUGGCUAUCCUCUUAUGAUUAAGAGUAAAAGGUUAGCGUAUGAUGGGCGUGGAAAUGCUGUUGCUAAUAGUGAGGAGCAACUUUCUGCUGCUGUUGCUGCUCUUGGAGGGUUUGACCAUGGUCUGUAUGUGGAGAAAUGGGCUCCUUUUGUGAAGGAGCUGGCCGUCAUUGUUGCAAGAGGGAGAGAUAACUCCAUCUUAUGUUAUCCUGUUGUUGAAACUAUUCACAGGGAAAAUAUUUGUCAUAUAGUCAAGUCACCUGCUAAUGUGUCAUGGAAGAUUCAAAAGCUGGCCACUGAGGUUGCCUAUAAAGCUGUUAGUUCAUUAGAAGGUGCUGGUGUGUUCGCUGUUGAGUUGUUCUUGACAGAGGAUGGUCAGAUCUUACUGAAUGAAGUGGCUCCUAGACCUCAUAAUAGUGGUCAUCACACAAUAGAGUCGUGCUACACCUCACAGUAUGAACAACACUUGCGGGCUGUUGUUGGUCUUCCCCUUGGUGAUCCAUCGAUGAAAACUCCAGCUGCAAUUAUGUAUAAUUUACUUGGUGAAGAUGAAGGGGAUCGUGGUUUCUUUUUAGCACAUCAACUUAUUGGAAGGGCUUUGGCUAUACCGGGGGCUACCGUUCAUUGGUACGACAAGCCAGAAAUGCGGAAGCAACGGAAGAUGGGUCAUAUCACCAUUGUUGGUGCAUCAAAGGCUGAUGUGGAGAAACGUUUGGACUCAUUACUGAAUAAGGAAAGUUCUGAUUGUCAGUCUGCAGUCACACCGCAUGUUGGGAUCAUAAUGGGCUCUGAUUCAGAUCUUCCUGUUAUGAAGGAUGCUGCAAAGAUUUUGGCCAUGUUUGAUGUGCCUUAUGAGGUGCGGAUUGUUUCAGCACACCGUACUCCUGAAAAUAUGUUUUCUUAUGCUUCUGCUGCUCGAGAUCGAGGAAUUCAGGUCAUCAUUGCUGGUGCUGGUGGUGCAGCUCAUUUACCAGGUAUGGUAGCUUCACUUACUCCAUUGCCAGUAAUUGGUGUUCCUGUGCGUGCUUCUACAUUAGAUGGAGUUGAUUCACUCUUAUCCAUUGUACAGAUGCCAAGAGGUGUCCCAGUUGCAACGGUUGCAAUAAAUAAUGCUACAAACGCAGGUUUACUGGCAGUAAGAAUGUUGGGUAUUGGGGAUGCUGACCUACUAUCAAGAAUGAGUCAGUAUCAAGACGACAUGCGAAACGAAGUCUUGUUAAAAACAGAAAAGCUUGAAAAAAUUGGCUGGGAAUCUUAUUUAAAUCCUUGAACAACACAAGGAUCAGUCUGGUGAAAUUUAUGGCUUUUCGCAUUUCUUCCAGAUUAUGUGGAAGAGAACUGGAUAAGACCCCAUCUCAUCAAUGAAAUACAUGCAGACAAGGAACGAGCAAAAUAUCAUGGAAAUGAAGAGGUCAAAUAAAAUAAGAAAAAAAGCUGUCUUCAUUCAUAACAUGAUUCAAAUUAGGAGGGCCCUUUUAGGCCCCAUGCAAUAACUUUUCUGGUGAGCAAAGAGUUUUGUACUUAUUAUGCAGCUUCCUAGACCUAGUAUAAAGAAGAGUAUUACUUGGUCUAGUAGUGUUAACUAACCAUUAUCAGAGAGAGAGAGAGACUUGGGUUACUAGUGCCCUCAUAGGGGGGGGGGCAUCAUCUUACAAUGAAAAUUUAUUCAAAGUCUUGGUCACG